AUGUCUCUCACAGGCGUGAGAGGCACCUCGCGUGUCUUGCGACGCAUUGCGAAACCAGUCGUCGUAUCCGCAACAUGUACUCGUCCGGCUUCAUCUUUGACCUUGGAGGAUCAACAACAAGCUCUCUCAGCCCACCUGAACAAAGCUGACCCCGCCGUCUUCGACAUUAUCGAGAAGGAGAAAAACCGACAGAAACACUUCAUAAACCUAAUUCCUUCCGAGAACUUUACCUCCCAGGCUGUGCUCGAUGCACUCGGUAGUGUGAUGCAAAACAAAUACUCGGAAGGAUACCCAGGCGCUCGGUACUACGGUGGAAACGAAUUCAUUGAUCAAUCCGAAAGACUUUGCCAACAUCGCGCUUUGGAAUCGUUCGGCCUUGACCCAAAGCAAUGGGGGGUCAAUGUUCAAGCUCUGUCCGGUGCACCCGCCAACCUCUACGUUUAUUCCGCUUUACUCAACACACAUGAUCGUUUGAUGGGCCUGGACCUACCGCAUGGUGGUCAUCUAUCACAUGGUUACCAAACACCGACCAAGAAGAUUUCAGCCAUCUCAAAAUACUUCGAAACUCUACCAUACCGAUUGAACGAAACUACUGGAUACAUCGAUUAUGAUAAACUGGAGGAGAUGGCAAGCAUAUACAGACCUAAAAUUAUCGUUGCUGGCGCAAGUGCAUAUAGCCGUCUUAUCGACUAUCAGCGUAUGCGAGAGAUCUGUGACAAGGUUAACGCCUACCUUCUUGCUGAUAUUGCCCAUAUCUCGGGUUUAGUUGCAGCUAAGGUUAUACCUGGACCUUUUGCACAUGCAGAUAUUGUAACCACGACUAGCCACAAGAGUUUACGAGGACCUCGAGGUGCCAUGAUCUUCUACAGGAAAGGCGUUCGAAAACAGCAUCCUAAAACAAAGGAGGAUAUCCUAUACGACCUUGAAGGCCCAAUCAACAACUCUGUCUUCCCUGGCCACCAAGGCGGUCCCCACAACCAUACCAUCACAGCUCUCGCCGUGGCUCUCAAGCAAGCCCAAACUCCUGAAUUCCAAGCAUAUCAGACUCAAGUACUGAAGAAUGCUAAAGCGUUUGCGAAACGCUUGAGUGAGCCCAAAGGAAAGGGGGGGUUGGGUUAUAAGCUUGUUAGUGGAGGAACAGACAACCACUUGGUCCUAGCCGACCUGAAACCUCAAGGCAUUGACGGGGGCCGAGUAGAGCGUGUACUGGAAUUGGUUGGUGUUGCGGCCAAUAAGAAUACAGUCCCUGGAGACCGUUCAGCACUGGUUCCUGGUGGCCUUCGUAUGGGUACACCGGCCAUGACCACUCGCGGCUUUAAUGAGGACGACUUUGUUCGCGUCGCCGAUGUUGUUGAUCGUGCCGUCACUAUCGCUGCCCGUAUUGAUAAGGCUGCCCGAAAGGUGGCUGAGGAGAAGGGCGACAAGAGCCCCGGUAAAAUCAAGGUAUUCCUAGAGCACCUCGGCGAUGGGGAGACACAAUCCGAAAUCGUCCAGCUGCGAAGUGAGGUUGAGGAUUGGGUAGGCACAUACCCUCUGCCAUGGAGCACGUCGCAAUAA